AUGGAUCAGCCUCAGCCAUGCCUACUGGAGCCCUCUAAGGUUACCUACGGAAAAGUUGGCGAGUACCGAAGAUUUCAGCAGCAGAGAAAGAAAAACGUCUCAUUCAAAAGGAAGGGGAUUGCAAGAUGGCAUAGAGCUACGUCCACCAAUUUGGUAAAACAAAAUGUAUUGGUCCCCAGAGAGGAAUCAUCCAGUGAUAGUGACAUGGAAUUUCAUGAAAACCAGCAAAAUAAGAAACAAAAUGUGAUGAAGAAGUUGAAGACCGCUUUGGGGAAGGUUCUAUCAUACAAGUACAGAAGGAAGCCAGCAAGUGUCAGCAGAGAGAGCUCCACUAUCCAUAAGGAAGCCCUCCUUUCAAACACGCAGAGUCUUCUUCCUAGAAUUGUCAAGUUAUUUACCAAACCAAGAAUGAGAAAGCUCUCACAGAACGGGACUAUACGAUUUGAUGUGGUAGAAGCGGAGACAGAGUCGAUAACCCAAGGGAAUACACUGCUCCGGGCCAGGAAAACCACCAGGCGGUUGUCUGUGACAUCUGUUCCCUCAGGACUGCAAAAGGUUCCCUAUUCAUCAAAAAAGAGACCACACUUUCCAGCCCUUAAAAAAAAGAAACGUAGCAUGGAAAGCAUCCUCCGAAAAUCGGAUUUGACAGUAGGAAAUCUUCAAACACAGGUGGAUGACCUCAUAGAAACAGUGGCUGAUAAAUCCAAGACGCUGUUGGCCCAAAGGCACGCUGAGCUUCAGCGGUGCGAGUAUCUAGGGCAUGAGAUUCUUCAGUCUUCUAAGCAGUUCCAGAGGAUAUCCAAGAGAACCAUGAGGAAGUAUAAAUUAAAAAACGUGUGUUUCCCAUGUAUCUGCUGCUGCUUCCAGCUUUGCUCCUGACUGUAUAAAAGUUAUUGUUGUAAGGAUUCCUAUCAUUUAGUAUAUAAUACUGAAUAAAUCUCUCUAGUGUAUUAAGCAAUAGGGCAAAACUUUUUAGAAUAUUCUGCCUAACAGUACUUAAGGAAAAAAAGAUGCUUUUCAAAAAUCUGACUUAAUUCUGAGUCAACAGAAGUAAAUUUUGGCUUUUGGCUUCAUAAUUCUUACUAAUAAUGAAAAAUAGAAACAUUUAUCAGGGCAUAAAAAUUCUGCAAAGAAAUUUCUCCUAUGAUUUGCCAGAUGAAAUUAGAGGAAGCAAUUAAAGGUAUUAGGACACUUUUAAUCUGACUACUACUGAGCCAGUUUUAAACUUUUAUUUUUAAAGAUAAAAAUUCUACUUAUUUAAAUUAUAGGUGGGGUCAAGAUGGCGGAGUAGUCAGACGCU